CGCUGUGGGAAUUGUGAGAGCGGGAGGCGGCGUGGCAGCAGUCGCGCUCCACGUGUGUCUGGACCCAGCGCCCGCAGCCUCCAGCCAGCGAGUCCCACAUCGCUCGGCCUCUCUCUCUCGGUCUCGGUCUCUCUCUCGGUCUCUGUCUCUCUCUCGGUCUCUGUCUCUCUGUCUCGGAGCGCUACCCAAGGCCGCCGCCAUGUACAGCGUGGAGGAGCGGGGCAACCCCAACAGCCUGGCGUACCGCCUCUACUACAAGGAUGCGCAGGGGCAGUACAUCUCUCCCUUCCACGACAUCCCCCUGUGUGCCAGCGAGGAGCCGAAGCAGCCAGUGUUCAACAUGGUGGUGGAGGUGCCUCGGUGGACCAACGCGAAGAUGGAGAUCGCCACAAAGGACCCGCUGAACCCCAUCAAGCAGGACGUGAAGAAGGGAAAGCUUCGCUUUGUCGCCAACGUCUUCCCUCAUCACGGAUACAUCUGGAACUACGGCGCCCUCCCGCAGACGUGGGAAGACCCCAGCCACAAGGAUGCGGACACCGGCUGCUGCGGAGACAACGACCCCAUCGACGUGUGCGAGAUCGGCUCCCGGGUGUGCGCGCGUGGCGAGGUGGUGCAGGUGAAGGUGCUCGGCUGCCUGGCUCUGAUCGACGAGGGGGAGACCGACUGGAAACUCAUCGCCAUCGACGUCAACGACCCCGACGCCGCCAGCCUGCACGACGACCCCUCCGCUGCCUCUUAG